AUGUCGAAGCCAUCUCCAUCUCGUAUCUCCGGUCGCUCGGCACUGGGUGAUUCCUGGGUGAUAGCAUCCACGGCCUCGAUUCAAGAGACUGAUGCAAAACCCCCCACACCGGUCCCAGAUAAGGACUCGAGUGAUCCUCAAGAACCGACAAGCCCAAGCCCUCAGCCGAGAUCCAGACCUGCGCCAAACAAGGAUGGCGACGAUACAGCGGAGUCAAUAUCGUCGCUCACAUCCUCGUCAUGGACUAUAUCCGGCCCAGAACUCAUUAUGCCUUCCAUUUACGAAGUCCCGGUUUCUGAGGCAUCAUGGGUUGCGCCUGGUGUUCGCCCCAAAGGCCAAUCCUCCAUGCGAAAGAGAUGCAAGACAUCAUCAACAACUCUUGAUAUACAGCAGUCCACCACUGCAUCUAGGACCCAAGACGCUGGCUCGUCUGUCCAAACACCACAUCAACCACGAAGCUUAAUUUCAAAGUUCACAGCGUUCUGGGGAGGUCAAAGUGCUCUUCGCACAGCAAUCAACGGCCUUUUAAUCGCCUUCAUCCUUCACCUAUUAGUCCUGCCCGAAGUUAUUUAUCAGCUUCAAGGCCUCUGCCACCUCCCCGCCAUCAAGACCACCUAUCCAGAGAGUUGCGCACAACCCAAACCGCAAAUUCACCCCUUCUAUCCCCCAGUCAAUCCUGUCGCACCCCCAGAAGAAGAAAGUAUCACAUCCUCUCAACAAGGCCUCGAAAGCAUCUUCGACACCACCCUGAAAACUCUCUCUCCUCUUACAAACACGCUCAAAGAAAGCGAGUCCAUGCUCCGUGACCUCCAGGACAAACUCCAAUCGACCUUCCCAGCCGUGCGGAAUGCCCUCGACCUCGAGUUCCAAGGAAGCGAACAGGCCCUCCGCGCAGCGGCCUGGGAAUUCGACUCAUUGCGCGCCGACCUCCGCUCCGCUGUCGAUAGUCUGCUUUCUUCUCCGCCAACGCAGGAGGCAACUGGCGGAUCCGUCUCGGUCGCGCGCGACACGCGCCUUGCAGCGCAGAACCGCCGACGCGCAGAGUAUCUUGAUCGACUACGCGCUCAGAUCCGCACCAAGGCAGAUUCACUAGGCACGCGAUUUAGCACUUUAGACGACCAUCUUGAGGCCGUGGACGGGAUUGUGGCACGGGAAGAACGCAAGGGCUCCCUGCUGACCGCGGCGUCCGGUGGAGAAACAUCAGGGCCAAGAACAGGAGCAGGAGGGGGCGACGGGACGGGCUUGUAUGCCGUUCUGAACUCGUUGUCGGGCUAUGCCUCUUUCGGAUCGCGGGUUUGGUCGCGAUCGACAGAUGACUCGUCAGCUCCUGGCACGGGCUCUGACGAUUCUGAGGGGGAAAGAAAGUCUAUUCCGCAACCUGUCACGACCCUUGCAUUGCUGAGACAUGCGGCGACGCACCAUCGUCCCGUUGCUGAUUCAGUGGCCGACCUGUCUCGACAAUUGGGGGAUGUCCAGCGUGCUCGGUUGGGCCCCACUUGGUGA